UCUUCUUUUAUGUCUAAACACCAGGUGACAUCCAAGCAGGCUCCAGCAACAGAAGAAGAGAUGGCUGUGACUCCUGAUGAUCUGUCCUCCAAGGUUUAUGGUGAAGAUGAUGAUGAUGAUGAUGAUGAUGCUGCUGCUGAAGAUGGUGGUCCAACGGUGACAUCCAAGCAGGCUCCAGCAACAGAAGAAGAGAUGGCUGUGACUCCUGAUGAUCUGUCCUCCAAGGUUUAUGGUGAAGAUGAUGAUGAUGAUGAUGAUGAUGCUGCUGCUGAAGAUGGUGGUCCAACGGUGACAUCCAAGCAGGCUCCAGCAACAGAAGAAGAGAUGGCUGUGACUCCUGAUGAUCUGUCCUCCAAGGUUUAUGGUGAAGAUGAUGAUGAUGAUGAUGAUGAUGCUGCUGCUGAAGAUGGUGGUCCAACGGUGACAUCCAAGCAGGCUCCAGCAACAGAAGAAGAGAUGGCUGUGACUCCUGAUGAUCUGUCCUCCAAGGUUUAUGGUGAAGAUGAUGAUGAUGAUGAUGAUGAUGCUGCUGCUGAAGAUGGUGGUCCAACGGUGACAUCCAAGCAGGCUCCAGCAACAGAAGAAGAGAUGGCUGUGACUCCUGAUGAUCUGUCCUCCAAGGUUUAUGGUGAAGAUGAUGAUGAUGAUGAUGAUGAUGCUGCUGCUGAAGAUGGUGGUCCAACGGUGACAUCCAAGCAGGCUCCAGCAACAGAAGAAGAGAUGGCUGUGACUCCUGAUGAUCUGUCCUCCAAGGUUUAUGGUGAAGAUGAUGAUGAUGAUGAUGAUGAUGCUGCUGCUGAAGAUGGUGGUCCAACGGUGACAUCCAAGCAGGCUCCAGCAACAGAAGAAGAGAUGGCUGUGACUCCUGAUGAUCUGUCCUCCAAGGUUUAUGGUGAAGAUGAUGAUGAUGAUGAUGAUGAUGCUGCUGCUGAAGAUGGUGGUCCAACGGAAUUUGCUAUCAGAGGAUCAUCCCUGGUGGAUUAUUCUGACACUGAUGGAACCGAUGUGGAUUGUUUAAAUGAUCAGCCAUUGGCUCCACGCUGUGAUGAAGGUGUUCCAAAGUUGAGAAGGACGAAAAGCAUUUGGAUGAAAAAAGUUCCAGAUUUUUCUGAUGCCCUCUACGACAGUGAUGACAGUACAGAGGGCCCUUCAGCUCAGUCCAAGUCUGAGAUGGCUUUACAAAGGAUGCAUACAUUAGAAGAUUUCUGUCAACGUGUCAAUGAUUCAGAUGAGAGUAUUGUGGAAGAAACCGAUUAUGAGGAUUCCAUAAAGGAUGAUUCCAAUGAGCAAUCAGACAUUGAAGUUGUUCCAAAGCUGAGGACAAAAACCAUUCAGAUGCAAGGGAUUCUUGCAGUAUCAGAUGCCUCUAGUGGAGAGGAGUAUAUUCCAGGUCCAGAGAGCACAGACAGUGAUUCCAGCUUGGAAAUACCAAUGGCAAAUAAUAAGGAUAAUAGGCUCAAGUCCUCCAGCAAGAGCCAUUCCGAGUCCUCCUGGAAGAGCCAGUCCAAGUCUUCCAGUCAAAGCAGCUUCAAAACAAAUGAUGCUCCUCCUGGAUUUAGUGAUGCGUACUGGAAGUUCUUGAAUAAUAUGAAUCAAGACAAGAUUGCCAUAGCUGUAAAGAAAGACCGCUUCAUUCUGGAGUACGGCUACAGACUGUUUAAGAAGAACGAAAGGGUAAUCAGCCAACACCAGUACGUUCGACAAAAGCUGAGGGAACUUGGCAGGCUGAUGCUGGCAGCAAAAAAAGUCGCACCAGUGAACACUAUAAAAGAACUUAUAAAACCUGAAAAUUAUUCUCAUGUUGUCACUGCUGCAAGAUGCUUAGCUGGAUUCAAUGAUGAAACAGGCAAAUAUAAAUGUCCAUCACUGGCUCGCAAAGUUGGACACAGCUUGCUUGCUUUGGCAAUGUUUAAGAAAUCUGAAGGAUUGAAGGCAAGAGAUAAAGGAACAGUCCAAGAUGCUGAGGAAUUUGCACAGCUCUACCAAGAGAGCUGGAAAUUUGACAUUGCAAGCCAAGCACUGAUUCAGCUCAACCAGUCCAAGUGGAAUUCCCCUCAACUCCUACCGUUCACGCAGGAUGUCCAAAGUCUUCAUUCCCAGCUGUCUGAAAAACAACAGCAACACUUACAUGCCCUGAAAGAAGAGGCUUCCCCCUCAAACUGGAAAGACCUGUCUAAAGUGACCCUGGCACAAGUUAUCCUCUUCAACCGCCGGAGAGAAGGAGAGGUAUCCAAAAUGCCUUUGUCUGUGUACAUGUCAAGAGACCUAUCAGAAACGCAUGAAGACAUUAACUUGGCCCUGACAGAACUUGAGCAGAAGCUUUGCAAACAUUUUGUCCGGAUAACCAUUGUUGGAAAGAGAGGAAGGAAAGUUCCUGUUCUCCUCACUCCACUCAUGAAGGAAUGUCUUGAUACUCUGGUCGAGAGGCGAGCAGAGUGUGGGGUACUGACUGAAAAUGGUUUCUUGUUUGCAUUGCCUCAUUCUGUACAUCACCUCAGGGGUUCUGACUGCAUAAGACAGUUAGUGCAUGAAUGCAGUGGCAUCAAAAAUCCCAGAGCUCUGACCUCAACAAAACUCAGGAAACACAUUGCAACGCUCUCCACUGUUCUAAAUCUGAAGAACACAGAACUUGACCAGUUGGCAGACUUCCUUGGCCAUAACAUAGAUGUACACAGAAAACACUACCGCCUUCCAGAGGGGACCCUCCAGCUCGCCAAAAUAAGCAAAGUCCUCCUGGCAUUGGAGCAGGGAAAGCUUGGAAAGUACAAAGGAAAGAGCCUGGAUGAAAUUCACAUUGAUCCAAAUGAGGCUGUUGAAAUUGAAGCUUGUUCACAAGAGGAUAUUGAAGAUGCAAGUAUGGCAGAUCAGGGUUCAGAAGAUGAGACCAUCACCACACCACCAUGCAAAAAUGCAAGCACACCAGAAGAAUCAGACGACGAGGACAGCACCACAUCCCUACAACAGAUCCCUUCAAAAAAGAGAGGUAAAAGAACUGUUGUCAAAAAAAGCUGGACAACGGAAGAAUCUGGUGCAGUCGAACGUCAUCUAAAAAAACAAAUUAUCAUGAACCAAGUCCCAGGUAAAGAGGAAUGUGAGCGCUGCAUCACUGCAGAACCGCAAGCCCUGAAAAAUCGCGACUGGAGGGCGGUUAAAUAUUACGUCAAGAACAGAAUUACUUCUCUGCGGAGAAAAUUGGAGUGA